AUGGAAAGAUCUAGUAAUAGUUAUCAGUUUGAUCCUAUGGUUAGCAAGUUUGCAUCAGCUCUUAAUAUAGUAUCAGGAAAUAAUGCGUAUGAAUUUAUUCGGCUCAAUUUGCCAUGUGCUCUACCAUCUAUAACCACUUUAAAAAAUUAUAAUCAAAGUAUAAGUUUACCAUUACGUGAAUGUGAAUUCCGAUUUGAUUUAUUAAAAAAUUAUUUGGAUUCAGUUGAUUCAAGUUUUGUAUAUGUGUCAACAGACGCUGAUGAUAGCCGAUGUACAAAUGAACAAUAG